CAAGCGCUGCACGAGCGCGUCGAUCACUCAUCGUCAUGUAGGGCAAGCUGAGGGCAUAUUCUUUCCUGCGCAUACAUACUGCCCACCUUCCGACUUGUCUUCCACCUCACCUUCCCUCUCCCCUUCAAUGCCCACCAUGGCGCUCAAGUAUAUCCUUUCCAGCGUCUCCUACCUGACUGCUGUCCUCGCAGCCGAGAACUUGACCUGUCCAGACUAUUCGGUAUACGCGAAAGAACGACAUGAGCCAUACUCUGAAGGCACAUACCAGCUCUCCUACCAGCGACCCGUGACGCGAUGUCGAACAUUCAACUCUUCCGUUGUGGAAGAGGCUAUUGAGCGGAUACAAGGCGAAAUCGCUGAUCCGGACUUGAAGAGGUUGUUUGAGAAUGCGUUUCCCAACACAUUGGACACUGCAGUCAAGUGGAAGGGCACAGCUGCUGGGUCGGAUGAGGAGUUGACAUUCCUGAUCACGGGUGACAUUGAUGCGAUGUGGUUGCGAGACUCAGCCAACCAGGUGCAGUCCUAUCUGCCACUUCUCGAGGCGUCGAGUGAGAGCAACUCCCUGGCAUCUCUCUUCCGUGGUGUCAUCAAUCUCCAGGCUCGCUACCUACUCUUUGACCCUUACUGUAACUCGUUUCAGCCUCCAGUGGAAUCCGGGCUCAACGCGAGCUUCAACGAAUAUGCGGCCGAAGAUAUUGUGUUGCCAAAAUAUGACAACACUACUGUGUUUGAAUGCAAAUAUGAGCUUGACUCGCUUGCUGCAUUCCUGCAAGUCUCAUACGAUUACUACAAAGCCACCCAGGACGCUGAGUUCUUUGGCAAAUAUCAAUGGAUGAAGGCAGUAGAGGCCGUGCUCAAGACUGCGGAGGAGCAGAUGGUCGGCUCAUACGAGCCAGAUGGGCGAGUAUACAACUUGACAUACCAAUUCCAAAGACCGACGACCAGAUCCACCGAGACACAGGCCAACAACGGCUUAGCCAACCCCUUCAACAACGGUACUGGUCUCGUGAGAUCUGCCUUCAGACCAGCCGACGAUGCAACAAUUUACCAAGGCCUGAUCCCGAGCAACAUGCAGUUCUCGCGCUACCUAGCUGCAACCGCGGAUAUUGCUGCCAAGAUCAGCGGCCAGGAAGCUCUUGCUCAGAAGAUGCGCGAUUUAUCCGAGAGCAUCAGAAACGCGAUCUCAAACUAUGGCAUUGUCGAAAUUCCAGGCUUCGGAAAGGUGUAUGCAUUCGAGGUCGAUGGCUACUGGGGACAAAACAUCAUGGAUGACGCCAACAUCCCAUCGCUGCUGUCCGCGCCCUUCCUGGGUUAUCUGAAUGCCAGCGAUGAGGUUUAUCAAAAUACCAGGAAGCUCAUCUUGAGUUCGGCGAAUCCAUACUUCAUGCGCGGACCUGUCAUCAACGGCAUCGGUGGCCCACACGUUGGCCCAGGCUAUGCUUGGCCGAUGGCAUCGAUUGUGCGAAUCUUGACGAGCAGUGACGAUGCAGAAAUCACAGAGCAGCUGCGAGAGAUUGUGAGCAGCACGGAUAGACUGGGACUGAUACACGAGAGUAUCAAUACCUUCAAUGCGAGCGAUUGGACAAGACAAUGGUUCUCAUGGGCAAACGGACUCUUCGGUCAAGCCAUUCUGGACUUGAGCGACCGCAAGGCAGAUAUUUUGAAGCAGAGCUUCCAGCAAAAAGAAACCUAUCGUAGUUAAAAACAGAUGCUGAACAGGUUUCCUGCGUUGAAACAAGCCCAAUAGUUGAACGUAAAACCCUUUCCUAUUCGAACUUCUCCUUUCAGUC